UCCUCUGCUCUCCUCUCUUCCCUCCCUCUCGGUACCCCCGCCUCCGACCUUCGCCGCUGUCCCACUGCGGGAUCGCGUCUUGGACCGGCCCGUCCCCUAGGAAGUGGUGAGGGGGGCCCGGCCAUGGAGACCCUCGUGCGCCCCGGGGCCAGCAAGCCUCCCACCGGGAAAAGAAUGAAAGCUCGUGCUCCUCCUCCACCAAAUCAACCUUCUGCAGCAAGUAGAAUUCACAGUGAGCACAAGUCCCCUGCAGAGACAGCUGUAAUUUCUGAUCAGAACCUUGUGAGCAUGAAGGAGAACAUGAUAAACAGAUUGGUGGACUUCACAGUCAUUCUACCCAGUGGGGUGGAGCAGAAGAACACAGUACAAGGAAGUAAAGCUGUGAUGGAUGUAUUAGUUGAUUUAUGCAGCCAGUAUCACUUAAAUCCAUCCCAACACAGUCUUGAACUGAAGUCUUCGGGAACUCAACAAGUUCUGAGUUACAAGCCAAACACUUUGAUAGGAGCACUGGAUGUAGAGACAAUACUUCUGAAAGAGAAGGUUCCUGAAGAGAAGGCAAAGCGACCUCUGCCAAGAGUCCCUGAGAAAUCUGUGAGGCUGGUAGUGAACUACCUGAAAACACAGAAGGCUGUGGUUCGAGUUAGUCCAGAGGUGCCUCUUCACAACAUCAUCCCAGCUAUUUGUGAGAAGUGUGAAGUCAGUCAAGAGCACAUUGUUCUUCUGCGAGAUGGCAUAACUGGGGAGGAACUGGAGCUUACCAAGUCCUUGGAGGAGCUGGGGAUAAAGGAGCUGUAUGCCUGGGACAGGAAAAAAGAACCAAAUCGAAAGACUUCAGUAAGCAAUGAUGCAAUAGAAAAAGAAAAGACACGACUUUUGGGAUUGUUUAACGCUGAUAGAAGAAGUAGCAAGGGUUUUUCCACAGCACCAAAUUCCCCUUCGGUGAAUUCUCGUUCCAGUGGCCUGGGUCCAUCACUGUCCCUUGGUAACAUCUCUGGAAUGACAGCAAACCCAGAAGUGAAAAAGCGCAGAGCACCUCCUCCACCAGUUGUGACACCAGUGUUGCCGAACGUGGAGGUGAGAGGUCAAGAAAAGACAGCAGCACAGAUAUCACAAGGAGCAUCUCUGAAUGAUUUAAGGAAGAAGAAGAGGCGUGCCCCUCUUCCACCAGCUGCAUCUGCUCCACCCACUCCUGCCAUGCCAAACAGGACAGAAGAUAGGGAAGACAAGAGGAAGAGCACAAUGGGUGAUGGACGGCAGGUGCCACAAAAGCCUCCUAGAGGCACCACUCGUGGUCCGCCCCACUUAGUGAUCCCCCCACCCCCACCUUACCCUCCUCCUGGCAGUGACAUUGUGGAUCCAGCAGUGUGUUACAGAGAAGCAGAUGUUACAGCGCCAACAGAGCUGGUACCUAAACAGAGCCUCCUGUCUGCACAUGAUGAUGUUUAUAUAGUGGAUGACACAGUUCUGGAACUAUCAGAGGUGGAAGAAACGGCAUCAGAAAGCAGCUGUUUCGCGUCUGAGGACACCACAGAGGACUCGGGUGUUGUGAGCUCCCCAUCUGACAUUGUAUCUUUGGAUUCACAAAAUGACAGUAUGAAGCUGAGAGACAUCAAGCUGGUCAAUGGCUACAUGGACUCAGCUGAGGCGGAUGCGAUGUAUGGCACAGAGACAUGCCCUGUGAAGAACGCCUCCUGCGAUAGCAUGGAAUCUGACAGUGCUCCACAGAGCAGGCAAGCUGAAGCAAUGGCUUUGGCCAAACGUGACACUGAAGAUACAUUCAUUGAAGCACAACUCCAGCAGACUUUGGCUGACCUGGAUGAAGACUUAGAAGCAGUGGAUGGUAUGAGUAACUCUGACUCUGACUACAUCAAUGAAGCAUUGAACCCACGUAUAAGAAAAGUUGAGGCUGCCCAAGAUGUUUCCGUUUCUGUUCCAGUAACAGUCAUAGAUGAUGCUCCAGAAGUUAGCACCUCUAACUCAGAUGAAAAUCAAGAGGUGGAGAUGAGGGUUCCACAAAAUAUCUCAACCUACUCCGUUAAUACAGGAAACUUCACAAACAAAAACAACAAUGCAAGUUCCUUUGAUAAGGGACACACAGAUGGUGGAGCUGUGUGCAUAUCGAAGGACCUAAUACAUCAGCAACCAUCUGAAAAUGAAUUCAGUCAUUUGCCUGUGGAACAGCGGAGAGAUAUGUUUGAAUCUCUCACAUCCUCCUUUGAAAAAAGAAGUGAAAAGAACUUAAGACUGGAACCCCCUCUCAAACAUGGUGUGAAGUCUGAGGAAUGUAAAUCUAAGCUGAGUCCAUCUCACUCCAAGACCACAGCUGAAAUCAAUACAGCAAAAGAGAAGCUAAAUCCAUAUAAUGAAUAUAGUAGCAGGGAAAGAUCUCUGAAAAAAAGUAAAUCAGAAUUAGAAAUCAAAUGGCCACCAGCAAAAAAAGUGGAAGUAGAAGAAGUCCCGUCAGCACCUGCAUGGUGUCAUCGUGCCCAGAAUUCAGGAUCGAACUAUGAACCUAAAAUGGGUUUGACAACCUUUAAAGUUGUCCCUCCCAAACCUGAAGUAAGACAUUUCGAUAGAGGAGUUUCACUCUCCACUGGUGCCAUUAAGAUAGAUGAACUAGGCAACCUUAUAGGCCCAAACACUAGUGUUAGUAAACACAUAUCAGGUUCUUCUUCUGAUGAAAGUGAGGAAAUUCAUAUUGGGAAAGUGAAGGCAUUCUGGAGGUCAAGUUCUAUGGAAAAGCAAAGUGAUGACUCUGCUGAGCAUUUUUCUAAGAAGUCAGCAGUCACCGCAAGCUCUAAGCCCUUUACUGUUAAGCAUGAACACAGACCUGUCUGUCUUGCAGCUCCAAAACCUGUAGCACCACAAACAGUUAUUACCCAGGUAGCUGAAAAACAGUCUGAGAAUGAAAGGACCAAACUACCUCUUCCAGUUACACAGUCUCAGGUAACACCAUUAGCAGCCCCAACCAUUAAUAAGGACAAGCUGGAACUUCCAUUUGUAAAGCCACAUAGGAGAACUUCCAGUCAGUAUGUUGCCUCUGCCAUUGCAAGACACAUCAAUGCAACUACGUUUAAGUCUGACUCUGUGGAAUAUCAUGAGAAAGACGAAAACAAGCAAGGGGCAGGAGAGGCUAAGACUGAAGCAGAAGUUUCACCAAAAAGAUGUAUUAUUGUGGCCAAAUAUAGCCCUGUGGAAACAGAAUCAGCAGAAACAAGAGAAACACUUUCAAGUGUUUUUACUUGCAGUCAGAAAGCAUCCCACAGGUUUACACCUGGUGAUAAUUCUGGCUCGGAAAACAAAGUAGUUAAUAUCAGGGCACCAAAUCAAGCAGCUCCUCUGAGUUUCUAUAAAAAGAAUGGCAGUGUCCCACUUACUAAAUCCUCUUCAAAGGAUAACAACAGUGCAGAAGAGGAUCGUGGUUUAAACAGCAAACAAAAUACAGCAGAGAAAAAGACACGUCUCAUGUUUGACCAGAAAUGUGAGACUUUGACCCUUACGAGUUCAGCCUCAUCUCUUAAGUCUCCUGACCUCCAAGGAGUCCCAUCCUCUUUCAGCUCAUCUUUGCGAGUCACUAAAUGGCCUCCUGCUAAUGGUGUUCAAGUUAGUUCACUUAAAGCUUCAUCUGAGUUAAAUGGUGCACCAGCAAAUGCGGAGUCAGAACAGGAGGAAAAAAUUGAUGAUUCAGAUAUUAAUGCUGUCAGUGAAGUGGAUGUUAAUGUGCAGACCAAUAUCUUUGGACCAAAGAAGAAGUUCAAGCCUGUCAUCCAGAAACCAGUUCCAAAAGACACGUCACUGCACAGUGCCCUAAUGGCAGCCAUUCAAACGGGAGGGGGAAAGGAGAAACUCAGAAAGGUUUCAAACAGUGCACUAAAUGGCAAUCAGAAGAAACCUUCAUAUGCUGAGCCAGAGAAUGCACGCUCAGCCCUACUAGCAGCAAUUAGAGGCCACAGUGGCACCUCAAAGCUGAAAAAGAUCUCCUCACUGGCCUCCGAAGAGCUGCAACGUUUCAGGGACGCAGAACUAUCCUUGCAGAAGGCAGAAGACCUUCAGGAAGAACAGCUUUGUAUCCCACCUGCCCCUGCCCAGCCACCACCACCACCUCCCAUUCAGCUGUCAGCAGGGGCUCCUAAAUCCUCUGCCACAGUUACAGGUAACCCAUUGGAGGCAAGGCAAGCUCUAAUGGAGGCCAUUCGCUCUGGUGCUGGAGCAGCAAAGUUAAGAAAGGUCCCUCUGCUUGUUUGAAUCAUAUAAAAAGAACAGAUAAUUGGAAAAUCUAACCCCGUAUGCAUCCAUAAUCAUCAUUCAAGCUCUGAAGUGGCAAAAAACAUCAAGAAGUUUCGUAUAUUCUCUUGUCUACAAGCCAAAAUAAGUUGUAGUUAAUUUUCUGUGUGUUUCUGCAUAAUCAUUCUUAGGGAGAAAUAUGUUGCUCUGCUGUAAAGCUUCUGUGCCAAGGAAUUGUGUUUUGCCUCUGAAUAUUUAAGGUUGCCAAUAAACCAUUCUCGUUGGCAAGUUAAUAAGAAUAUAAACACUGUGCAGUCCUGUGUUAAUACUUAAUUGUAUUUAUGAGCAAAAUUAAAAACUUUACUAGCUAUCUGAGAAGUAAUACUCAUUUUAAAUUGUUAAAAGCAUUUCAAACUAUUUCAAACUAUUUACUUGCUUCUUAUUUAAUUUCAGAAAGGGCUGUAAAUGGUUGGAGUGAAAACCAGAAUAAAGGUCUAUAAAAAACAAUCAUAAGAAAAACGUUAUGGUACCUCAGUUGUCGUAUGCUGGGGUCAUUGGUUUUGAAAAUUAAAUUAGCUUUGUAUCUCUGAUGGAGCUCGGAGAAAGCAGGCAAUUAAUAAUGAAUGUGAGACAGUGUCUAUUGCAUAUGACGUGUUACUUAUGGGAUAUGACGUAUAGAAUGCUAAUGUGCAGACAUAUGCUGAACCCUAGUAACAUUCAGAAGUAUAGUAAUACUUCAGAAGUAUUGAACCACCUUAAAGGAUCUCUAUUUGCAACAGACUGUGAAGGUGUUAAAUAAGAUUAAGAGUCCUGCAUAGAGGUCCAAGAUGUAGAAUUCAUUCCUGCACUGCAAAGUGAAGUGAAGCUGGUUUAUAUCAGUAAUCAGGACUUUUAUGUACUCUUGUUCAGAUCAUGCAUAAGUUGGCCCUUUGUUUCUAAUUUGUAUUUGUAUGGCUGUUGUAUGUUGUCUCACAAGUAUUUAUAGCAACAUCUUUUUUCAAAUAUUAACUACUUUGGUAGUUGUUGUUGUACAUAUUUUGAAAAUAUUUCGUUAAAUUGAUUAAGUUAAAAAGAACAAAUAAAAACGCUUUUUCACAUUUCCGAUAUUGUAAUGAAACUGAAGAAGAGGAAUUUGUACAUUUACAUUUUUAUAAUCAUCGACUAGAGUGGGGGCAGAUUCUUUUUUUUUUUUUUUUUUUUUGAGCUGGAAUUUCAAGUGUAUAGUUAUGGACUGCUGAAAGCACAAGAAUAUUUAGCCAUCUGCAUUUAAUGUGACUAUAUAUUAUAUAUUGUAAAAUAUUGAUAUCUGUUAGUGCCACGAAUAAA